CUGGCCAGGGUAUAAAUAGCACAGACCGCUGGGCUCUCCCCACUCUUCCCCUCUUCUCACCCUCUCUUCUCGUCUCUUCCUCUUGGCCUGAUCCUGACUGCCACCAUGGCGUACCCCCUGGAGAAGGCUCUGGAUGUGAUGGUGUCCACCUUCCACAAAUACUCUGGCAAGGAGGGUGACAAGUUCAAGCUCAACAAGUCAGAGCUAAAGGAGCUGCUGACCCGGGAGCUGCCCAGCUUCUUAGGGAAAAGGACGGAUGAUGCGGCCUUUCAGAGACUGAUGAGCAACUUGGACAGCAACAAGGACAAUGAAGUGGACUUCCAGGAGUACUGUGUCUUCCUGUCCUGUGUCGCCAUGAUGUGCAACGAGUUCUUUGAAGGCUUCCCGGAUAAGCAGCCCCGGAAGAAGUGAAUGCCCGUCAUGCGGGUGGGGGGCCUGCCAGCUGGGGUCUCACCUGUUGGCAGUGGCCACAGGGCCUCACCCUGGCUCCAGCAGGUGUGUGCACGAUGUGGAUAAGUUCAAUAAAGAUUCUUGGAAGCUUUGA